AUGAGAGAAGCACAUUCUCUGACGAAACAUCUUUACGACACUCAAAGUAAACACAAACUGCUUUACAGCAGCACUAAACAUGGUGUCCCAAUUUAGCGGUGUUUUGCAGUUGACAGAUCUAGAUGAUUUUAUCACUCCUUCCCAGGAAUGUGUGAAACCAGUCAAGGUGGAGAAGAAGCAAGGCAGAUCUGUGGCUAAAAUUCAAAUAGAAGAUGAUGGGAGCUAUUUCCAGGUUAAACAGGAUGGUGGAAAGCAGAAGCUGGAGAAAGCUAAGAUCACUCUGAAUGACUGCCUGGCCUGCAGUGGCUGCAUCACCUCAGCUGAGAGUGUCCUUAUCACACAGCAGAGUCAUGAAGAGAUUUACAGGGUGCUACGCAACAACAAGCAGGCAGGUGUAGCAGAGCAGAAGGUGGUGGUGGUGUCUGUGUCUCCACAGUCCAGAGCCUCCCUGGCAGCACGCUACGGCCUGAGCAGCAGUGAGGCAGGCAGGAGGCUCACCGCCUUCUUCAAGGGUCUGGGGGUUCACCACGUGUUUGACACCAGCUUCAGCAGGACCUUCAGCCUGUUGGAGAGUCAGAGAGAGUUUGUGGAGCGGUUCCAUCGGAAGGAGCAAGACAAGCAGGCCCUGCCCAUGCUGGCCUCUGCCUGCCCAGGUAACCAGCUGUACCUCAACACCUUAACUAGCUUCUAUCUCCAGGUCAGAAUCCUUCCAAUAGAACUUCAGAAACCAGGCCCCAAUUUCACAAAGUUCAUCAGAUUAGAAGUGCAGGGCCUGAACCCACAGCAGAUCUACCAUGUGACUGUGAUGCCCUGCUAUGAUAAGAAACUGGAGGCCUCCAGGCCUGACUUCUACCUGGAGGAGGCUGACACCAGAGAGGUGGACUGUGUCAUCACUUCAGGAGAAGUUCUGAAGAUGCUAGAGGAAGAGAAAGUGUUGCUCAGCGAUGUGGAGCCAGCCCCAUUAGAUACAAUGUUCAGCAGUGUGUGUGGUGAUGAGUUGCUGGGCCAUGCAGGGAGCGGUUCAGGAGGAUACCUCCAUCACGUGUUCACACACGCUGCCAGACAGCUGUUUGGAGAGGAGGUGAAGGAGCUCACCUACAAGACACUCAAGAACAAGGACUUCCAGGAGGUGACCCUGGAAAGGGACGGUGUGGUCGUGCUGCGUUUCGCCGCAACCUACGGUUUCCGCAACAUCCAGAACCUGGUGCAGAAACUCAAGAGGGGAAAGUCACCCUACCACUUCGUAGAGGUCAUGGCCUGUCCGUCAGGUUGUCUGAAUGGGGGAGGCCAGGUGAAGCCCUUACCAGAGCAGAACAACAAGGAGUUGCUGCAGCAGGUGGAGGAUCUGUACAAGGAGGAGCGCCCUCUAGUGCCAGAGGAGGACCAGCACGUGGCAGAGCUUUACCAGUCCUGGCUACAGAGUGUAGGAGAGGAGAGAGCCAGGGAGCUGCUGCACACACAGUACCAUGCAGUGGACAAGGCCACCAACGGACUCCUUGUCAAAUGGUGAAGAAGAGGGUGAAAGGAUGUUGAAGGGUUUCUGUAAGUGAAUGGUCUGUCCUCAAGUGUCAGGGUGCAUCUCAAUAGUCUAAAGUAGCCCUCUCUGUUUCAUCUCCAUUGAGUUUAACACAGGUUAGGUGGAAGCAACAUGGCCGGUUCUUGUUGGGUAUUUUCUGUCACCUGUCUUAGUCCUUUAAUAUCAGUAGAAAUAAAGAAAAAGGCAUGAUGCACAUACAUUUUGUCUAUUGAGAUGCAUCCCUAUUCUAGGAUUAUUUGAACCAUUGAGUGAAAUCAUACAACUUGACCUUGGGUUAAUGUUUAUACUCCAUCUGUACUGGAUGACUGAAUGUAGUACUUUCCUUUGUCUCUCUCCUCUCUCUGCUUUUAAGGACCCCCCAUUUCUUUUCUCUGUCUAUCCAUCCCUCUCAUCCAUCCUUCUGUCUGUGCUUAAAGGACUGUCUGUCAGAUCAAAUAGAGCAUUAUCGCCAAGUGCUUAAUUACUGUGGUGGCCUGUCAUUUAUUUAUUUGAAAAUAAAAGAGAGCCGCACACUAGGAGCUCAGAUGCAAAAAUUUGAUGAAGACAGCUUGGUUGUCGAAACGUUGGUAAUUCAAUUUUUGCAUCUGAGUUCCUAGAGUGUGCGGCUCUUUUAUUUUCAAGUUUUCAACUCCGCUAGCCAGCACCUAGCCAGCACGCUAGCCAGCACCUUGCCUAAAUAGGUGUGCGUUUAUUUUUCUUCUAAAUCUGUCAUUUCUUUAUACCAACAUAAAGCCUGUAUACAUUCAGGCUAUAGAUUAUAUACGCACAAGCUCAUUCAUACCAGACCACUGGCAUGGUUGGACAAUUAUUACAUUUAAGUGUGCACUAAUUAUGAAUACAGCAGCAAAUUCUGUUAUUUCUCUUGUAUGCACUGAAAAGUAUUUGGACUCUUGAAAUGUUUUCUAAUGGAAUAUUUUAGAAAUAUUUGAGUUUAAAUGUAUAUAAUUUCUGCCUUAUUUAUAAUAAAUCUAUGAUACAUAUUUUGCAUAUUAAAAUGUUAGUGUAACUUUCAAGUACGUUAUUCACCAUGAACCAGCAGUCAUUGAUAUACAUACUGACACGAUACUAAGGAACAGUUUUAGCUUUAGAAAUAAGAAUACACUUUCAAUAUUUACAUUCAUGUUUUCUUCCUUUGUAUGGCAUGGUGAGAACAAGAGGCACAUACCUUCAUACGGUAUGCUCUGUCAGUUAAGCAGCUAGGUUCAACCAUUUAAUAUGGACUAAGUAAUAUUAGCAAUGUCAAAAUAUAUUGCUUAUAUAUUAAACUAAAUGUUUAGCAACUCUUAUAGAUAUGUGGUGAAAUGUUAAUACAGAAUGUCAAGCAAACAUCACCGUUUUACCCUAAGAAUUCUGCAAGCGGGUAAUAGUCAUUAGGGAUAUGAAUCUCUCACAAAUAUGAAAUUCAUUGUUAGGCCAACAAUAGAAACAAUCUGCUUUAUUGCUUUUUCUGUAAAGGAGACAAUGGAGCUUUUAAUGAAACCUAUGCAUCACGAACUUCACAUUGGCACUCAAAGCCUGAUGUGUGUAUAUAUGGAGCUUUUGAUUAACAAAGAGCAUAAGUUGUCUUAUUUUCUAUAGUAUGAGAGAUGUUAAGAAGCGCUUCCGUCUUGAUUUUCUAUAUGUCCAGCAAUCACACUAAGGUAGCCCUGGCUUCUCUAAAGGGACUAUACCCCAAACCUCUGAAAUAUUGGCUUGAGUGAAUAUACCAUAUUAAAGUAAAACACUUGAUAAGAAACCUUUAUACAGAGACAAAGUCUAAAUUAAUUUACAAACAUUGCACAUUAAGACAAUCUGCUUCACCAUGCUUUUUAUAGUUUGGUUUUUCUUCUGCAGAGAAGAAUUGUUGGGUUUUAUUAAAAUAUUAUUUUUCACAUUA